CUUAAGGAUUGCACCAUGUAGCAUCGACUUUAUUCAAAAUCAUAACAAUGAAAAUACACUUAAUUUACUAGAAGAAGUUAAAAACCGCGAUGAUUGGAAUAAGUAUUUUUUCAUGUUUCCUUCUUUUACUCCUUCAAUCCAGUCCAAGCACAGGAUUUUUUCAUUUCAUCGGACAUAUUCAUAACAAAGCACCAACAUGUCGAGAUGAUAAAAGCAUGAAUUGUGCAAAGCUGGAUCAAAUGUUUGAUGUUUGUAAAGACAUACACAAGGCCAAAACAAUUUGUCGCAGCUUCUGUAAAUUAUGCCUACUAGUUGAUGGUAAAUGGGCGGAUUGGUCGCACUGGUCAGCAUGUGACGUCACAUGUGGUGAUGGCAAGCAUACUAGAGUCAGGACCUGUACAAACCCAGCGCCGGCCCAUCAAGGUCUGGAAUGUGAAGGAGUAAAGAUUGAUGCAAAACCAUGUCAACGGCCUUCUUGUCCAGUUCAUGGCGGAUGGUCUGGUUGGUCGAACUGGAGUACAUGUCCAGUAACAUGCGGAAUAGGAAUGGAGGUCCGUCACAGAAAUUGUUCAAACCCAUAUCCUUUGCGGUACGGUGACCAUUGUUUCGGAGAUGCACUUGAACAUAGAAUUUGUGAUCAGAAGCCGUGUGAUGAUGCUGUCUGGGGGAACUGGGAGAGGUGGGGAGCAUGUAAUCCUUCCUGUGAAAGUGGAGUACGUCAAAGGUCAAGGUCAUGUACAAACCACAUUGGUACAAAAUGUAAGGGGAGAGCACUUGAAGUGAAGUUGUGCAAUAAACAUGAUUGCUUAAAUACCUGUACAUUCAAGCCGAACAACGUAUCAUUAAACUACAGAAACGUUGCAUUUGGAAAAAAUGUACGCCUGUCUUCGACCCAUUAUGCAUUUAUCGGCGCAAAGAUGGUUGACGGUGACAAGGAUACUUUUACACGUACAGAUACUGAACGAAAUCCAUAUGCAUUAGUUGAUCUGAAUGACGUGUAUAGAAUAUUUCGUAUUCAUAUAGUCAAUCGUAAGGACUGUUGUGCAAACAGACUUCAUGACGUCGUCGUUCAAGUCGGACUCGAGCCUUCCAGUUUAUUUACUGUUGCUCGUCAUAAGUCGGCCAUAGGUGAUGAGUGCACUUUUAGUUUCGAGAACCCAGUCAGAGGUCGUUACGUGAAAAUCAUGCUGGAAGCCAUGGAGAUUUUAAACAUCGGAGAGCUUGAAGUGUUUGGGGAACACGUGACUGAUUUGAAUUGACUUGGCUAGGUUAAAUAAGUGAACCGACAUAAACAUAAGGAAACUAUAAAUAUUGACCAUCAUAAUAAUAAUGUAUUUAUUUGUUUGUUAAGGUUAUAGAUUGGAAUUUGAAGUUUAUAGAAUUUCAAAAUAACAUAGUAUAAUGACCAAUAAUAUCUAACUGUCGCGAGUGAAAGUAAUAUACAUUUUUGUACCUUGGUAUAUUUAACCCUUUCAAAACAUUUAACAUGUAUUCAAAUACUUUCUAUCACUAACUUUAGACUAAAGUUAACUUUAAUGUACAUCCUUUUUAUUUAGCAGAUGAAUUAUUUUGUUAUAUAAUUGGUUUACAAGCCCUUUCAAAAGUUGUUUACAAUGUUACAUCA